AUCAGGCAGGCAAGGGGAACGGAAUGUCCACGUUAGUUUAACACGGGGAAUAUUCACAGAAAGGAAUACACGAGUAUAGGAAGUAUUUGGAGCUAAAGUACUGUGCAGCAGUCACACGGGACACAGCCAAGCUUCUCUCAGGGUAUCCAAGAACUAGCAAGAAGACCAGGAAGGUACCUGUGCAAGGAAGCCAACAAGAUACCUAUUAAAUCACCAACAAAUGCGUAUCAAUCACAUGGACACUUGGAGAAGGACUUGGACAAGAUAAAACCUUCUCAUGAAGACGUUUGGAUGCAUAUUCAUAUUAACCAUCUGAACAUCUGACUACAUUCCAACUUCUCCCUCAUGAUCACAUGGGAAUAUGCCGCCAUAUUUCUGCUAUGCUCCAGUUUCCUACUGGACUUUAGUUACCCAAAUCCUCUUGGGCCUCAGCUCCAUUUCAAGACUAAAAGUGGGGUGACGUACCUCCAGGGCAGGACAAGGAUCAGACACGGAACGCCACGGUUUCAGCGAAUUAAGAGAGGAUGGGUGUGGAACCAGUUCUUUGUUCUAGAAGAAUACAUGGGCUCUGUACCACAGUAUGUCGGAAAGCUCCACACAGAUAUGGACCAUGGUGACCAUGCAGUUAAGUACACGCUUUCAGGAGAAGGAGUUGGGUCCGUCUUCACCAUCGAUCAAACGACAGGAGAUAUACAUGCUCUGAUGAAGCUUGACAGAGAAGAAAAGUCCUACUAUCUACUCAGAGCCCAAGCCGUAGAUGUCGGUACUGGUCUCCCGUUGGAACCCGAGUCAGAAUUUGUGGUCAAGGUUCAGGACAUCAAUGACAAUGAACCUCGAUUUUCAGAUGGCCCACACUGUGCCAUUGUUCCUGAGAUGUCGCCAAAAGGAACGUUUGUGACACAGGUGACCGCCACAGAUGCAGAUGACGCCACAUACGGUAACAGUGCACAGAUUGUCUACAGCAUCCUUUACGGUCAGGAAGACUUUUCUGUGGACUCCAAGUCAGGAGUCAUCAGAACAGCUUCAGCCAACAUGGACCGUGAAGUGAAGGACGAAUAUCAGAUUAUAAUCCAAGCCAAAGACAUGGGUGGGCAACUGGGGGGACUUGCAUCCACUGUGACUAUCAAUAUCACCCUCAGCGAUGUCAAUGACAAUCCACCUCGUUUUGUCAAGAGUAUUUUUCAUUUGCGGGUACCCGAGACAGCAUUGGUGGAUUCGGUGGUGGGUCGGAUUCUAGCCCACGAUUUAGACACGGACAGAAAUGCAGAAGUGGACUACUGCAUUGUACCAGGGGAUGAGAGCAACAUGUUUGAAAUCAUCUCGAAUAGCCAAAGUAAAGAAGGAGUUGUUGUCUUGAAAAAGCCUCUGGACUACGAAACAAAAAAGUCCUACACUUUCAAAGUGGAAGCAUCCAAUGCACAGAUGGAUCCCCGUUUCCUCAACUUGGGUCCUUUUUUGGAUUUAGCCACUGUCAAGGUAACUGUCAUGGAUGUCGAAGAGCCUCCUGUCUUCAGCAAAGCAUCCUACUCUCUGGAAGCAUAUGAAGACACCCCCGUAGGAACCGUUAUAGGUUCCGUUACAGCACAAGACCUUGAUGCCAGUAGCAGUGCAGUCAGGUAUUCGCUGGAAUGGCAAAAAAACGAAGACAGCUGUUUUGACGUCGAUGCCAUCGAUGGCUCUGUUUCCACAAAUGAAUACUUGGACAGAGAGGAAGUAUUUCAUCACAACAUAACUGUGGUUGCAUUCAAAGUCAUAAAUCCUGUGCUGUCCACCAAAGUGCUAGUGACAGUCAACGUCCUGGAUGUGAACGAGUUUGAUCCGGAACUGGCAUUUCCAUCGGAUACCUUCGUAUGCGAAAUUUCUCAUGUUGGACAGGUGAUUCAAAUUCUCAGUGCUGUGGACAAGGAUCUUCCACCUGUCAACCAGAGGUUUUUCUUCAAGAUCCCCAAAGAACUUCGCAAGAGAAACUUCACUGUUCGAGAUUAUGGAAACAACACUGCCGGCAUCGUGACGCGACGUUCCAGUUUCCAGCGGGCAGUGCAAGACACGUAUGUCCUUCCCGUGGUGGUUGAAGAUAGCGGUUAUCCUGUCCGGAGUAGCACAGCGACCGUCACCAUCAAAGUGUGCACUUGUGGGGCAGAAGGCUUGUUGCCCGCGUGUCCUGCUGAGGCAAUCAUCCUGCCUGUGGGUCUGAGCGCUGGAGCUCUAAUGGCUUUUCUACUGUGUGUAUCUCUGCUGAUAGUGAUCCCUGGACUUUACAUAGCCCGAAGUCGCCACCAACUCAAAGAUCCUGUCCGGACAUCGAAAGAAGAUAUCCGAGAUAAUGUCUUUUAUUAUGAUGAUGAGGGUGGCGGUGAGGAAGAUACUGAUGCCUUUGACAUGGGCACACUCCGUAACACCCACUCAGCACACGUCAACGCUCUCAAGUUGAUCAUGAAAAAGGAUAAAAAUAGCUACGGUGACGGCGUUCUACUGCAUCUGAACGAUCGCUAUGACAAUAUCAGAUCCCCCGAUAUUCAUCGGCAAACCGCCGGUUUCAUAUCCCCGGUUAACAGCCAGCUUCUGGUUCCCUGCUGCCGGGCGACUCAAGGUGGUGCAGGAAUAAUCCACGAUUUAAUCGGACAUCGACUGGGUGAGAGUCUGGGAAGUUCUGCGGUAUCGUCAUGUGACUCUGGAGCCUCUGAAGGUGUUGGUUCUUUGGCUGAUUCAUUGAAUUCAAUAGAGAGGCUCUGGGCCUUUGAUGAUUUUGGGGACUUGAGUUCUCUUGGGGAUUUGGUCGAGCCUUUUGAAUCACUCGUGGGCAUCUUUGGGAGAAAGGCCCCGACUGUGUCCGAAGACAGCUGAGUUAAACAUUCAUUCAUUCAUUUUCUACCGCUUUUUCCUCACGAGGGUCGCGGAGGGUGCUGGAGCCUAUCCCAGCUGUCUUCGGGCGAGAGGCGGGGUACACCCUGGACUGGUAGCCAGCCAAUCACAGGGCACAUAUAGACAAACAACCAUUCACACUCACAUUCAUACCUAUGGACAAUUUGGUGUGGCCAAUUAACCUAGCAUGUUUUUGGAAUGUGGGAGGAAAACCCACGGGGAGAACAUGCAAACUCCACACAGAGAUGGCCGAGGGUGGAAUCGAACCCCGGUCCUCCUAGCUGUGAGGUCUGCGUGCUAACCGUGCCGCCCUGAGUUAAACAGUGUUGGCCAAAUAACUUGAAAAUGGAAUUACUUGUAGGAUAGCUGAACGUAGCUGAACUGGUACCAUAAAUGCUAUUAGUGACCAGGAAACCAGGAAACAAACAAAACAGUGUUCCAUAAACACUGGACACCUUUUCUGUUCAUGUUUAUUUUUUGUGUAGCUGAAUAACCAUUGUGUUAGCAUAUCUUACACCUAUUCAGCCUGUUCUCUAUCCUUUUAUUGUUAGAACUUGCCUUCCAAGAGGACGUAAUGUCUGUUUUGGUCAAGUAGUUUGGAAAAUAAAUUACCUGCAAAAAUGUGACUUAUACUCCAGUGCGACUUAUGUAUGUUUUUUUUCUACCUAAUUAUGCAUUUUUGGUCUUGUGCGACUUAUACUCCGGAGCGACUUAUGUAUGUUUUUUUCUA